GGGGCCUUGCGACCUGAUAAGUGAGGCCCAGGCCCAGCAGCUUCUUCUGGUGACCUCCACCAUGGACUUUCAGCGAGCUGGAGUCCGGCUGCAGGUUGUUCUGGGACACCUCAACCGACCCUCCGCCCCGGCGAUUGUAGCUCACCCUGUAUCAGCGGCAGCGUCCCCUGCCAGUUGCUAUCCUCAACAGUUCCGGUAUACUUUGGAUAAUAAUGUCCUAAGCCUGGAGCAGAGACAAUUUUAUGAAGAAAAUGGAUUUCUUGUCAUUAAAAAGCUGGUAUCUGAUGAGGAUAUUGAACGUUUUCGAGCGGAGUUUGAACGGAUCUGCAGGAAGGAGGUGGACGCACCAGGGAUGAUAGUGAUGCGAGAUGUGGCCAUUGCAAAACUGAACUGUGAACUAAGUGAGAAGGUGGUUUCAAAGGUCCAGGAUUUCCAAGAAAACAAGGAACUCUUUAGAUACUGCUCCCUCCCCGAGGUUCUGAAAUAUGUGGAGUGUUUCACUGGACCCAAUAUCAUGGCAAUGCACACAAUGCUGAUAAACAAGCCUUCAGAUACUGGCAAGAAGACGUCCCGGCACCCCUUGCAUCAGGAUCUACAUUAUUUCCCCUUCCGCCCCAGCAAUCGCAUUGUUUGUGCCUGGACCGCCAUGGAGAACAUUGACAGAAACAACGGUUGUCUGGUAGUGCUCCCCGGCACCCACAAAGGCUCUCUGAAGCCACAUGGUUACCCCAAGUGGGAGGGAGGGGUUAACAAAAUGUACCACGGCAUCCUGGACUACAAGCAGGACAACAACAGGGUGCACCUGGUGAUGGAGAAGGGAGACACUGUUUUCUUUCAUCCUCUGCUCAUCCAUGGAUCUGGUCGGAACAAGACUCAAGGAUUCCGCAAAGCCAUUUCCUGCCACUAUGCCAGUUCUGACUGCCACUAUAUCGACGUGAAGGGCACCAGUCAAGAAAACAUCGAGGAUGAAGUUAAAGAGUUCGCAGAGAGACACCACGGAGUUGGUAGCAGCAUUGAACUUAAGGAUAUUUGGAUGUUUCGAAGCAGAUCUGUGAAAGGAGAAAGAAUAAACCUUUGAAAUAGCGCUUCGAGAGUGAGGUAUGGAGAUACGUGCCUAUGAUCUUAACAUUCAAGAGACAAGACAGGAGCAUCGAGAGUUCGAGUACAGCCUGGACUACAUAGCAAAAUACUGUCUCCUCCCCUUACCCCCAUAAAAAAGAAGAAUUAUCACUUCAUUGUAAUUCUUUUAAAGGAAACAUCAAAGCAAGACCUCUAAGGAAAACGUUUUCUUAUUGAGAUGAUGAUAUCUUUUCUACCACCUGUUUACAAAAUCAAGACACACAUCCUGGGGACUUCACUGCCCAGAUUUAAUUAUGUGAUGCUGUUGCUUAAUUGAGUGAAAUUACUGUUUUAAGAAAAACUAACUUGGGGUAUGACUAAUAAAGGUGACCGACUAUA